UGGCGUAAUAAGGCAAUCAAAAUGUAUGUAAUACAUAAAAUAUGUCAGUUUAGAUCGCGCCUGGUUAAAGAAGUAUUGGCAUCGGAUAAAAAAAGGCUGCCUGUGUCAGUAACUAAUUACAGCCUUAUUCCAGUUCUUCUAUUCCCCAAAUCUCAUGAAUACACAUUUUGCUUAUUUAUAAUUCAACUUGUCGCGAGUCCGUAUGAGUAUACCAUCAUCCGGGCAACUACGAGGACAGCAGAACAUUGACACAAAUGGUUCGGUUACGACAGGCAGCAAUGUUUCAAAGCGAUCUUGAACUCUCUUUGUGUGUUUUUAAUCAUAUAAGAUCUAUAGUGUUUAAAAAUAAUUAAGUCCCAUUAUCUGCAAAUGUGUUAAAAAGAGAACAAUGUCAAAACUUUCGUAUUUCUUCAUCUACGUGAAGAGGAUGAUGAUGUCGCCUUCUUAGAAAAGGGAAUAAUUCUUAUACGGAAUUUUCCUGUUGCAAUUCGAAAUGGCUCCUGGCGGUACUGCACUUGUUGAUGGAGUAGCGAUUGUCGAGAAGACAAAACAGGCUGUUGAGAGGGAGAGAUGGGAGAAGAAAAUUGAAUUCCUUUUAGCAGUUGUGGGAUUUGCCGUCGAUUUGGGAAAUGUCUGGAGAUUUCCUUAUAUCUGCUUUAAAAAUGGUGGAGGUGCCUUCCUCAUUCCUUAUCUAGUCAUGCUGAUCUUCUGUGGGUUGCCCCUGUUUUAUAUGGAACUGGCUUUAGGCCAAUUUCAAAGAUGUGGUUGCCUAACUGUAUGGAAUCGAAUAUGCCCCGCAUUUAAAGGAAUAGGGUUCGCCAUCAUUGUCAUAGCAACCUACAUUUCCUGGUACUACAAUACGAUCAUUGCUUGGUGUGUGUACUAUUUCUUCUCCUCUAUGCGUGAAGACGUACCCUGGAAGACCUGUAACAAUGAAUGGAAUUUACAGGACCAGUGUAUGAGAUAUCCAACAGACGAUAGACUUAAUGACACCACCAAUUUGUUCUGCUACCAGGGUGCAAAUGCCACGUCGUGUAUCUUCAAAAACCAAACUCAGACCCCGACAGAACAAUAUUUUGAAAGAGAAGUUUUAGGAUUACAGAACGCUGAUGGCAUAAACUAUGUUGGAGGCGUUAAUUGGAUGAUCGCACUGUGUCUUCUUGGCGUAUUUGUUAUCGUUUAUUUUGCCAUGUGGAAGGGAAUCAAAAGUUCGGGCAAGUUUGUUUGGGUGACUGCUACGAUGCCAUAUGUUGUGCUGCUUAUUCUCUUGAUCCGUGGGUGUAUGUUGGAGGGCUCCAUGAAGGGAAUUAUAUACUACCUGACCCCCGUCUGGAGUGAUAUCGCUAAAAAGGAGGUCUGGAUCGCAGCUGCUGCACAGAUAUUCUUUUCCCUUGGCCCAGGGUUUGGAGUUUUACUGGCUCUUUCCAGCUACAACCGACUCAACAAUAACUGUUACAAGGAUGCCUUAAUAACAAGUUCCAUCAACUGCUUCACCAGUUUUUUCGCCGGCUUUGCAGUGUUCACUGUUCUUGGUCAUAUGGCAACAGUUCAAGGCAAAGAUGUCCGAGAUGUUGCGAGAGAUGAUGUUGGGCUUAUUUUCAUUGUCUAUCCAGAAGCAAUAUCCACACUAAAGAUUUCACCACUAUGGGCAAUGUUAUUCUUUUUAAUGUUCAUAACGCUCGGCCUAGACACAACAUUUGGUGGAUUAGAAGCCAUAUGUACGGGAAUCUUGGAUGAAUGGCCAAUUUUACGGAAACAUAGAAAACUAUUUGUUUUGUUUUUGAUGAUGUAUUGUUUUAUCGGAGCCCUGGCUACAACAACUUAUGGCGGAAUUCACGUAGUUCAGCUAUUGGAUUCUUACGUCGCUCCUAUUGCCCUCAUAUUUGUGGUGUUCUUAGAAUCCCUGUCCGUCUCCUGGAUAUAUGGCGUUGAAAGGUUCAGUGAUGACAUAAAGUCCAUGCUAGGAUUUAGGCCUGGUAUCUUCUGGAGACUCUGCUGGAAAUUCCUCAGCCCUGCUAUACUGCUAUUCCUAUUCAUCAUGUCUCUGAUUGGUCACGAACCCCAGCCGUAUGCGAAAUACGCCUAUCCAGCUUGGGCAAUUUCCAUCGGCUGGCUGAUAGUGAUGUCAUCGUUGGCAUUCAUCCCUGGAUAUUUUGUUUAUAGACUCAUCAUUACUCCUGGUUCCUUUCUAGAAAGACUGAGAACGGUAUUUAUACCGACAGAAGUCCCGGACCAUGGAUAUACAGAACCAGUACCCGUCUAAAUUAUUAACAAAUAUGCAGGAUUUACUUCAUAUUAAACAGUCACCCAUUUUAUCUGUGGUUUAGAAGUGAGUCAAAGGCUACCCUGAAAGAAAAUUCGAAAUUUAAAAAAGACAUCUGAUAAAUGUAUGUCCUUAAAAGCGCCAUUUAAUAUUUUUUUAAUGUAUUAUAUUUAAUUAAUUUCAACGUUAUCAGGGAAUACAAUAUAGGUUCACUUUUCAUUUAAGCUUACCUGAACUGAAAGAUCAAGUGAGCUAUGAGUUUCCUGGUCACAUUUUGCCUGUCGUCCGUCCGUCUGUAAACAUUUUCGACUUCUCAAUUUCAACGAGACAUGUCACAAAGCAACUUUGGAUAAAGGGGAUUCAAGUUUCUUCAUUUGAAGAGCCACGCCCUCUUUUGAGGGGGGAUCUAAGUAUAGGUGAAAAUAUGGUGAUCAUUUAAAAACUUUCUUUUCAAGAACCAAUGGUCAGAAAAAGUUCACUUUUCUGACAUAGCGUAGAUUCAAGUUUGUUCAAUUCAUGGCCAAUACCCAUAGGUUGGGGACAUAAUAUGGGAUCAAAGUUUUACAUCGAAAUAUAAAGGAACAUUCUGUAAAAAAAAAAAAUUGAUGAAGAACAGCAGGGCCAUUAUUUGUCAUAUUCAUGUGGAAGCAUUCACAAAUAUUGUGGAAGCGAUGUUGUUCAAAGUAUGAUCCCCGGGGGCACAUGUAAGAUAUGGCAACAGUAGCAGGUCAAAGUAUAACAUGUUAAUAUAAAGAGGAAAAUCUGACUAAGAACAACAAUAGGGCCAUGUCAUUAAUUAUAUUAUUAAUUUUAAUGCUUUCUCAGGUACUGUAGAUUUCAGUUUGCCACAGUAGGGAUCAAUUUUUAAAUGGUAUUGUACACACAAGUACUCUGAAGUUGACAUUAAAAAGAUGCUUGAGUUUCUGAUUAACAAUAUCUAUGUGUUUUUGGAGACCAGGUCUUCCAACAAUCUAUUGGAAUUCCCAUGGGUACCAAUUGCGCCCCGUUAUUAGCAGACCUUUUUUGUAUUCAUAUGAAGCAAAAUUUGUCCAAAAUCUUAUACAUGAAAAGAAGAAAACACUUGCUGUGGCCUUCAACUCGAAAUUUCGGUAUAUCGACGACGUAUUGUCAAUUAACAAUGGUUAUUUCCAUUCUUAUGUCGAUACGAUAUAUCCCGGUGAGCUUGAGAUGAAAAAUACCACAGAGUCUGACACAUCUGUUUCAUAUUUGGAUAUUUUACUUGAAAAAGACGUUAAUGGUAAUCUAACAACCAAGCUUUAUGAUAAACGUGAUGACUUUAACUUUUCAAUCGUCAACUUCCCUUACUUAUGCAGCAAUAUACCUUCAUCACCUGCAUACGGGGUUUAUUCUUCUCAGUUAAUUCGAUACACAAGAGCAUGCUCUACGUAUGUACAAUUUCUAAAACGAGGUAAAUUAUUGACAAACAAGUUGAUGAAACAAGAAUAUCAGCAGUAUCGUUUAAAAUCAUCAUUUCGUAAGUUCUAUGAUCGAUGCAAUGACCUUGUCAGCAAAUACAAUUUAUCUUUGAGUCAAAUGCUGACUGACGUUUUUCAAACUAAUUGUAAGGCCAUUAUUUACACACUGAAUUGUCGACAGAUUUUCCCGUUAUUUCCCGAUCAUGACAAAGAGCACACGGCGGGUGUGACCGGUCGGCAGGGGAUGCUCACUCCUCCAUGGCACCUGAUCCCAUCUCUGAUGUUUUGGAGGUCCGUGUUUGCUCUGCUCCUAUUUUGUAUUGUUUAAUGGACUUUUGAGCUUGAAUACUGUUAUCUCCAUAUACCGUUAUCUCCAUAUAUUAACAUGUACAUUACAAUGUAUAUAUGGAAAAAUCUUUUAAAAAUCUGAUGAAGUGCUAUAGGGUCAUGGUUAGUCUUAAUGUGCAAGCACUCAAAGGUUGUGUCGAUUCAAGUUUCUUUAGAUCAUGACUCCCACUCUCCAGGGGUAGGUUGGGGCUAACAAUGGAAUCAUAAUUUUUCAGGAAAAUAAGUAGGAACAAGUACCAAGGCCCUACUAUACCAUAUCUAUAUAUAAAAAUUCAUAGGUUCUGUUGAUUUUUUUAAAAUUCAAAGUAUGGACACUGGGGAUAGUAUGGAACUAAAAUCAGAGACCAGAUUUUACAUUAUGCUAAUGUACGGGAAGAAAUCUUCUAUAGAACAGCAAGACCAUGUUAGUUAUAUUGAUAUUAAAGCAUUCCAGUGUUGUGUGUGGAUUUAAGCUGGGUAAGUCAUAGCCUCUUAAGGCAAGAUAGGGGCCACAAUAUGGAGUUUUUUCUUUGAAACAAAGAGGGAGGAUCUUUCAAAGAACAGAAGGGUCAAAGUGACUCAGGUGAGCGUUGUGGUUUAUAGGCCUUUUUAAGAGAUUGAAAUUAAUUGUAUAUAUACAUGUUUACACCCUGUUAAAUACUUCUAGUACUUCACAAUUUUAUUUUGAUUCCACCUUUAAAAUUUGUCCUGUAUUUAUUUAUUCGAAUUAACUACGCAUUUAUUGUUUCAAAGAUUCUCUUAGCAGUUCUUGAAAGUUUCUAUUACUUAAAUUAUCGAGUCCUUACAUAUUUGAUAAAUACGACAGAGCAAUAUGUGCGCCUGCAAUGGAAUGGAUGUGUACAUGUGUUCUUUAUUUGAAACUAGUUAUUAAAACGGACAACAUUAUGAAAUAAAUUCCAAUUUAGACAGAAA